CACAUUCUGGACAGCGGACUUCAAGGCAUUUGUCGGAAGAGUCAGAAGACCUUCAUAUUCAUAACAGCUACAUUCAUUAUUGAUUUAAUUAUAGCAGCCUUUUUUAUCUGCAUAUAAGCAAGUCCUUAUUUAUUUACCAGAUCCGAGGUUUAAUCAAUCAAUGAAUCAGACAUUGAGAAUAAUAUAUGGUUAUUUGGCGCACGGUCAGGCAAGGUGCAAAUGAAUGAACCUGGAUAUGGUAUAGUAAUUUUAAUUUAGAUUGGGUUCAGCUAAGAAGUCAGUCGGUGUGCAGUGUGAGCGAGAUACAACACAACGACGUUACGCUUCUCCAGACGGAGAGAGACAGAGCGACUGCUGGUUUCGAGGCGGGAGGACACAUGGGUCGACACUACAACCUUUCAAUUUUGUUCCAAUGUGUGUGCUAAAUACGACAAGGAAUCCGAACACUUACUGGCUGUCCUGCGUCCACUCCUGACAUGUCUGCGCUUCUGUGUUUUCCUUGGAUUUGGGGAGACGUUUCGCGUUAUGUUCAGUGCUGAAAAAAGGACUGCGGACGAUAUUUUAUUCUCUCAUCGGCGUCUCGUGUGGACUUAUUAGUAUUAUCACCAGUGAGUGGCUUGUCAAACAUCGCACGACAAUGCAAGUUGUUUUGUUAUGAUUUUGCGAGUGCGGUCAUUUGAAUAUUAACUUAACAUGUCGGAUUGUUUUUCGGCGUUUUGCACGUCUUUAUCACGAAUUUUCUCCCUCCGUUAAUUCUAUGGACUGCUCCAUUCGGGCUAUUUGUUUUUGAUCUGCAUGCAUCCGGACGAAGAAGGAGGAACCGACAGAUAAACGACAGAAGGACUGAAGAAUGAACGAGAUUCACUGAAGAACAGGAGGAAACGCAGUAAGGUUCUCCGUCAGUGAGAGGGCGUGAGGGAAGGAGUGCCCCGCAUCCAAGCGCCCGCUGACCCGCACUCCCCCCACCACACCUUGCUCCAUCCACAGCAUGGCUCUCUCUCUCUGGAUCCUCUUUACCUGCACCAUCGCCCUGAGCAAUGUCAGCCCCUCUACCCAGGCAUUGAGUCGCUCUGCAAUGCCAUUUGGUCUGAUGCGGAGGGAGUUGGCAUGCGAAGGUUACCCCAUCGAGCUCCGCUGCCCUGGCAGUGAUGUCAUUAUGAUCGAGACAGCCAACUACGGCCGCACAGAUGACAAGAUCUGUGAUGCCGACCCCUUUCAGAUGGAAAACGUACAGUGCUACCUGCCAGAUGCUUUCAAGAUCAUGUCACAAAGGUGUAAUAAUCGCACUCAAUGUGUGGUGGUGGCUGGGUCUGAUGUUUUUCCUGACCCCUGUCCAGGAACCUACAAGUACCUGGAGAUCCAGUAUGAAUGUGUGCCAUACAUCUUUGUAUGUCCUGGGACUCUAUUAAGUGUGCAGGCAGCAAGUUUGCUGCAGGAGGCGGAGCAUCAGUCGGGGGCAUGGUGUAAGGAUCCCCUGCAGUCUGGUGACCGUCUUUACGUCAUGCCCUGGACUCCGUACCGCACGGAUAUGCUGUACGAGUAUGCUUCAUGGGAAGACUUCAAGCAGAAUCGAGCCACAACUACUUACAAGCUGCCAAAUCGUGUGGAUGGAACAGGCUUUGUCGUUUAUGAUGGUGCUGUUUUUUACAACAAGGAACGCACACGCAACAUUGUUAAAUACGACUUGCGCACACGUAUAAAGAGUGGAGAAGCCAUAGUCAAUAAUGCCAACUAUCAUGACACCUCACCAUACCGCUGGGGUGGCAAGUCUGAUAUUGACCUUGCAGUGGAUGAAAAUGGUUUAUGGGUCAUCUAUGCUACCGAGGCCAACAACGGACGACUGGUGGUCAGCCAGGUUAACCCCUACACCCUGCGGUUCGAGGGAACCUGGGAGACUAGCUUUGAUAAGCGACUGGCGUCCAAUGCUUUCAUGGCGUGUGGUGUUCUAUACGCUGUCCGCUCUGUUUAUCAAGACGACGAUAGCGAAGCAGGUGGGGAUCUGGUGCUGUAUGCGUACAACACCAACCAAGCACGGGAAGAGCCUGUCCACAUCCCCUUCCCCAACCCCUACCAGUAUGUGUCCUCUGUGGAUUACAACCCACGAGACAAUCAACUUUAUAUCUGGAAUAACUACAAUGUGCUGCGCUACCCUCUAGAGUUUGGCCCACCGGAUCCAACUGCUGGUCCACUCGUCACCAAUCAGGUGAGCAGCAGCACAACCACAGCAGCAAGACCUGUCACUUCCAGCUCCAUCCCCUCAACCAUGCGACCUCUGCCCGCAACUGCUCACCCGAUAGGGGCCAUCAACAAGGCACCAGAUCUGCGACCUAUAACUGCCACUGUGCCGGUGACUCGCAGACCUCUGCAAGUCUCACCACAGGGCCCUGAGCUCCAAGUGUGUGAAGCCAGAAUAGCCCGAGCGGUGCAAUGGCCUGCCACCCAGAGGGGAGAGACUGUAGAGAGGCCAUGCCCUAAAGGAUCACUGGGCAUCGCAUCCUUUCAGUGUCUGUCCUCUCCUGUGCUGUGGAAUCCUCGCGGCCCUGAUCUAAGUAACUGCACCUCGCCUUGGGUCAACCAGGUGGCCCAGAAGAUAAAAAGCGGAGAGAAUGCUGCAAACAUCGCCGCGGAGCUGGUGAACCACACGCAGGGUCACAUUCAUGCUGGUGAUGUCAGUUCCUCUGUCAGACUCAUCGAGCAGCUAUUGGAUAUAUUAGAUGCACAGCUGCAAGCACUCAGACCUGGAAAUAAGGAAUCGGCAGCCAGGAACUACAAUAAGUGGCAGAAGAGAGAGAGGACCUGCCGGGCUUAUGUUCAGGCGGUUGUGCAGACUGUGGAUAAUCUUUUGCGUGCUGAGGCUUUAGAGUCGUGGCAGGACAUGAACAGCACGGAGCAGGCGCACACAGCCACCAUGCUACUGGACGUCAUGGAGAAAGGAGCCUUCCUGUUGGCCAAUAACAUGUACAAUAAUCACUUCUCAGACCACGCUGCAAAUGUCGACCUAGAGGUACGUGUGUUGAACACGGAGACAGAGUCUCAGGAUUUGUCGUUCCCGCAGAACGGUCCCAGUGACAGCAGUAUCCAGCUCUCGGCUUCCACCUUCAAACAAUACAGCCGAAACGGCCAGGUAAAAGUGGUCUUUGUGCUCUAUAAGAAUCUGGGUUCAUUCCUAUCCACUGAAAAUGCAUCUGUGAAGAUGGAAAUGGAGGCGGGGCCUGGUGGGCGGGGCCUGUCAGUGAAUUCACACGUCAUCGCCGCGUCAAUCAAUAAAGAGUCCAGUAGAGUGUUUCUGACGGAGCCUGUGGUGUUCACACUUAGACAUUUACAGCUUGAGAAUCAUUUCAGCCCAAACUGUUCAUUCUGGAACUACUCUGAGCGUUCAAUGACGGGCCAGUGGUCAUCUCAAGGCUGCAGGCUGAUGGAAACCAACAGCACACACACAACUUGUUCCUGUAGCCAUCUAACCAACUUUGCCGUGCUCAUGGUACAUCACGAACCUGACUAUCCAGGCAGGAUGCAUGAGCUGAUCCUCUUUGUGAUCACAUGGGUGGGUAUCGUCAUUUCACUGGUGUGUCUUGCCAUCUGCAUCUCUACCUUCUGCUUCCUGCGAGGCCUGCAGACCGACCGCAACACUAUCCACAAGAACCUCUGCAUCAACCUCUUCAUCGCCGAGCUCCUCUUCCUCAUCGGCAUUGACAAGACACAGUACCACAUUGCAUGCCCAAUUUUUGCGGGCCUGCUGCAUUUCUUUUUCCUGGCUGCGUUCUCCUGGAUGUGUCUAGAGGGAAUCCAGUUAUACCUGAUGCUGGUGGAGGUCUUUGAGAGCGAAUAUUCCCGAAAGAAGUACUACUACCUAUGUGGCUACUGCUUUCCCGCCCUGGUGGUGGGCAUCUCAGCAGCCAUUGAUUACCGCAGCUACGGGACAAAGAAAGCGUGCUGGUUGAGGGUGGAUAACUACUUCAUCUGGAGUUUUAUUGGCCCUGUGUCCUUCAUAAUCAUGUUAAACCUGGUGUUCCUCAUGAUAACACUCCACAAGAUGAUCCGUAAUUCUUCCGCCCUCAAACCCGACUCCAGUCGUCUGGAUAACAUUAAGUCCUGGGCUCUGGGGGCUAUCGCACUGCUCUUCCUCUUGGGUCUGACCUGGGCCUUCGGCCUCCUCUUCAUCAAUGAGAACACCGUCAUCAUGGCAUAUCUUUUUACUACCUUUAAUGCCUUCCAGGGCAUGUUCAUAUUCAUCUUUCACUGCGCUCUACAGAAGAAGGUGCAUAAGGAGUACAGCAAGUGCCUGCGUCAUUCUUACUGCUGCAGUCGCACCUCCACUACGAGCUCUCAUGGAUCGCUGAAGAAUUCUGCCCUUCGUGCCAAUAACCGCUACUACACCGGCAGCCAGGCACGUCAUGCAGCGGUACACAGACAGAGUCGAAUUCGUCGUAUGUGGAACGACACAGUGCGAAAACAGACAGAGUCAUCCUUCAUGGCAGGAGACAUCAACAGCACUCCAACUCUCAACCGUGCUACAAUGGGGAACCAUCUUCUGACGAACCCCGUGCUGCAAACCCGUACAGGAACCUCUCCUUAUAACACGCUGCUGGCUGAGACGUUUACCCCACCCUCACCUGGAGUCUUCAACUCGACUGGAACUUUCCGUGACCCAAAGAGCACACUGUCUAAGAACCGAGAUCAUGGAGGCAUGGAGACGCUUCCUCUGAAUGGGAACUUCAACAACAGCUAUUCUCUGCGUAGUGUCGGGGGUUCAGGAGCUCCUGGGGGCAGCUGUGACUUCCUGGGAGGUGGAGGUGGAGAUAGCCCCCCUCCCCUACUCAAUCCCCGUAGUUCAGAAACUCUCGGUGACAUACGGAGAAACCUCUCGGACGCAGCGGCGUUCGAGAAGAUGAUCAUAUCUGAACUUGUGCACAAUAAUCUCAGAGGCAGUGGAGGGGCUGGGGGCAGUGACAGAACGUGUGGUAGCCUGGUCAGAGGGCACGGUCAAAUGGGAAUGGGGCGGGGCAGAGGUGGGGCAGAGCCGGCGAUAGGCAUAGAGGAUAACGAAGACUUUCGUUCAAGAGAAGCACGUCAGCGCACGCCGCAAGACGUGGAACUGCUGUACAAGGCUCUGGAGGAGCCCCUGCUUCUGCAGCGUGCCCAGUCGGUGCUCUACCAGAGCGACCCAGAGGAGUCUGAAAGCUACACAGCCGACCUGACUGAGAGUUUGGGCCACAGUGGUCACAGCGGCCAAAGUGCAGCAGGUCAGGGCCACAACGGAGCCCCCGAUUCGCCUGCGCCUGAGUCCCUCUACACCAGCAUCACCAACCUGCGAGAUUCACCCUACCCCGACAGCAGCCCAGAGCCACUAGAGGUGGUUCCACGUUCGGCCCAGCCUCCGGAGGAGCUGUACUACAGCUCAGGUCGGCCAGCCAUAGGCUCCCGCGGAGCCCCCAUGCAGACCUUCUACCAGGCUCCACCUAGGAGACCGAGCACUGAAGCCCACCCCGCCCCUGAGCCCCCUCAUAGUGAGGGAGAUGGACAGAUGCAGUUGGUCACAAGCCUGUGACUACAAGGAAGAGGUGGAGGAGGGAAAGCGCCACAGGGUCUGAUGCAAAGUGCCGAUGGCGAUGUUGGACUCCUCUCCUGUUUCUGACGCCCUCCUUAUGUCUGGUUGCCUUUUUGUGCUUUCAUUAGUUUUGAAGUAAGAGGUAAGGAAAGCCUAAACAGGGAGAGCAUCAGAGAGGUUUGUCUCCAUGGCAGCAGGCUCUCUGAAGUGCUGUGUUACCACUCUGCCCUCUCAUCAGCAUCAUUUUCUCCUCCCUCCUCACACACACACACACACAUAGAGAAACUAUCUGCCUUCUCUCAGUGGACGUCUCUGCCAUCAGCUCUAUCUGCUCCAAAAAUAUUGUCAAACAUCACACUGGGCUUCUAUUUCUGUGUUUUAUUUCAAGUCUUAUCUUUAAAAUGUUGCAUUUGCGUAACUCCUUACCUUCACUUUCCUUUCUCUGUCUUUCUCCAUCAUUAUUUGAUGAGAGCUGUUACAUGAGGAAAUGGGGGUAUGCCAUUGUACUACAAGUGACAAAAAUCUCUCUGAAAGCUCUUCAGUGUUGCCAAAAAUAACUGUUUUUUGAGCCAGGACACAAACUGGAAUCUACGCACACACACACACACACACACACACACACACACACACACACUCACAGAAGUGCUUGUUACUGAACAUUAAGAGUGUGACAUAUGCUCAUGAAAAAGGAAAACUAGGACUAUUGUUCAGACACAGGUAGUGGGAAGCUGCCUCAGUGGAGUUGCCUUUAUUUCUGUCUCUAAACUGACUCUUCUGUAUAGAACAAACGACUGGGAAAGGGGCGGACAUUAGGACACAACCCAUCAUCAGCUGGGUCAUUUGAGCCUUGUCCAUGGGACCGCUCAUGAAUAAAACUCUAUAGGGUUUCAUCUCAGAUCCACAGAUGGAGGGUGGAUUAAGGACUGAAACUGCUCUCCGAAUCACUGAUGGAUGUUGUAGGUGGAGGUUGCUGUAUCACCUGUGUUAUUGUGGCUAGAAUAAUUUUUUUGCUACUGCUCCAGCCAUUCUUCGAGUCCAACCUCUGUACAUAAGAACCACACAAAAGCGAAAGCAAGUCUUAAUCUACUCGUCUCCUGUACAUAGAAGAACAAAAGCAACAAAAAAGUAUCAAAUAUUAUGAAAAAAAAAAACGUUCUUGUACUGCAACAGAAAUCGAAAAUAAAGAUGUUUUGAAGUUUGUGACCUAAACACCAUGCCAGUCUCUCCCUCUCUCUUUCUUUCGCUCUCUCCGGCCCUCGUUGAGUCCAGCCCUGGAGCACCGCAGUGCCAGGAAAUAUAAUUGUCUGCCAAGAGACAGCGAGAGAGAGACAGAAAGAGAAGGAUUUUACAUACAAACUAGAUCAAUCCUGGCACAAUUUUUAUGUAAUAUAGCCCAUUACAUUAGCUAUGUUUCCAUCUAAAUAUGCGAAUUUACCUUAUGUUCAAAACUGGAAUAUCGCAUUAAACAUUCGGAAUAAAGCACUGUUUCCAUCCAACAAGUCAAAGAGAACAAAAUCAUCACUUCCUGAUAAACUGGCACUAAAUAUCUCUAAGAAAACUAGGAGAAGCCACUGAAUAUAAUAAUUUCAUAUGUAAUUAUUUAGCUUCUGAGUGAGAGUAGAUGUAACACAAUAAAUGCGGUCAUUGUUUUUAGAGGUGGAUGCCUGCUGUUUGGGAAAGCAUUCAUGUAAGACAGUAAUUAUACAGAAAUACUUUGAUGACAGACUUUCAGGCAUUUCAGAACGACCAAAACAACGAUGCUGUGAACAAGAUCGGUCCUCUGGUUAGUAUAGUUAUCCUGUUUCACAUGACUUUUUCAAUACGCAUGGUGGAAUUUAUUGUGUAAAUGCGUUAACAUCAGUUUAUGCACAUUUUUUCUUAUCGGAUAAAUAGUUAAUCUUACUCAGUUGUGCGCAUAUUUUAUUUUUUUUUUAGCUCAUUUUUUAUAAUUACUGCACAUCUUUCCAGCCAGUGUUUCUUUAUGCGAUAAUCCAAAAUGUGCAUUAAAGAAGGGUGAUGGAAACAUAGCUAUUGUUGGUAAUGUUUGACCUUCAACAUUCCCAGACAGGAAGUGCUUGACGUGAAUGAAAGGGGAAAACACUGUGCCUCAGUGGCGCACUGGUGCAUUGUGGGUUGAUUGACAGCAGCCAUAAUGUAGUGUUGGUUAUAUUUUAUCUGGAAGUUGUAAUAGAUAUCAGAUGACUAGAUGAAUAGAAUAUAUUUAGGUGAAAAAAACAAACAAACAAACAAAAAAAAACUUGGGGGGCACAUUCAGAAAAGAUUCAGUCACAAACCCUAGAUUGUAUUCGACUGUUUUUACAUACCAAUAUCAGCUGUUGUUUCUAAACCUGGUGUGACAGUUGAUUUACAAUUUGUAUGCGUAUGUCUGAACAUGAACUUUUGGAAGCUUGCGAACCAGAGUACGUAUGUGUGUGAGUAUGGAUCUCAGAGGCUAUUUUUACUGGGUUUGAUGGACCCGCAUUAGAAGAACAGGAAGCAGAGUAAAUCUAUAUCUAUCUAAGAGCUCAGUAUAAGCUUCCAUCUAAAAGACUUUGUUAAAGGUAUUUUAAAUGUUGUUUUUUGCCAGUUAUUUACAAUGGAAACUGAGGUUUAAACAAAAACAAAACUGAAUUACCAUUCAUUGAGUGACAGGAACAUCUGACCAAGGAGACACGGCCUCUGUGGUUUAGAAUCCCUAUAUGCAAAAGAGUUGCAUAGCCUAUUGAACAAAAGAGAGGUAUUCAUGAGUGCUCUGUCCCUCUGAAGUCUGCUUAAUCGUCAAGUCUUUCAUGUCUGAUGUUUUAUUUAUUAAUAUUUAUUCGUCUGUUUUGAUUAUUUAUGCACAUAUUCUUUUAUUCAAUGUGGUUCUCAUUCUGUAUACAGAGCAUAUGAGGGUGACGAGAGCGUGCUAUAUUUCGAAGAGCAUACUAGCAUACUACGCUUACCAUAGCUUCAGUAUAUACUAUGUGUUGUUUCCACAGUAUGCAGAUUUUCUGUCGAAUUGCCUAAUACAUUUCACCAGAAUGAAUGGUAAAUGAGGCUGAAUUCAGAAUGGCAUAGUACUCUUAUUAUUUCUGCCAUAAUAAGAAAUAUUAACAGUAGAAACAGAAUUCAGCCAGUAUAGAUUAUUUUAUCCCGUAAUUCAAAGCAGUUCACUUUACCUUUUAUUUCCAAUGUGAUGGAUGAACUUAAAAUAUUGUCUGUAAUUUAUUUUUUUUAAUCGGAUUGGACUGCCAAAAGUAAAGAUGUUUUAUUUGCCAAAAA